AACCGCCCUAAAGCCGGUGCUGUAACGUGAUCUAACACGCGGCUGUGAAUCUCUUGCUCGCUCAUUCGCACUGCAGACUGUCGCGCAGGCUUUUCUGAUAUAAGUGAGGAGCCACGACCCUCAAAAUUACCUCUAGGCCUCAAGGGCAAAUAGUCAUAUAUUCAUCCUCCACUGCCAAUAUUUAAUAUCGCUGUAAUCCCGGUGCCAUUUCGGACUUUCAACAUGGGGGAAAAGCUCUCGACAUGGACGCUUCUAGCGGUCUUUUCUCUGCUGAUAGUGAAAGGAAUAAGUCAGGAUCUGGACUUGGCAGAUGCAUUUGACAGUGAUGAACUAACUAGCCCACCACCUAAAGUGAACCCAGCAGGUGGUGCAGGAGGAGCAGGUGAAGUGAAACCCAGUCUUAAACCUGUUAAGCCCACAGUCAAGGAACCAGCAAAGCACAAGCCCAAACAAACAGAAGAGACAUUCACUGAUUUGUUUGAUGCCACCAUUCGACCAGGCCUGUUGCUCCGAACACCCCCUAGUCUUCUCCGAACCUCUGUUCCCCCUCGGAAAGCCCAGUCUGAUUUUGGGGACUUGAAUCUUGAAGAUGCCUUGAGCCCCGACAAUGACAUCAGAGGAAAGGGCAAAGACUCUGGCAAAGGCGAUAAAGACCUCGGAGGAGGGGGCCGUGAUGAAGGCAAACCCAAUAGCAGAGGUGGAACUGGUAGUGAAUUCUCAGAUGCAGACCUUGCAGAUGUGGGCAAUGAUAACUCCUACAAACCCGACAAAGGCAAAGGUGGAAGAGGUGGAAGUAGUGGCGGACAUAGUGGCAGUGGUUUGGAUCAUGCUGAUGACAACUACGACACCAUGGCUGAGACUGGAACCAUUGCUGGUAUUGUGAGCGCUAUUGCUAUGGCUCUGGCCGGUGCAGUGAGCGGUUACAUCUCGUACCAGAAGAAGAAGUUGUGCUUCAGCAUACAGCAGAGUCUGAAUGCAGAUAUGGUGAAAGCAGAUGCCCCAGAUGCUGUAGUUGCACAGGAGCCACAAGUUCAACAAACUCUUCUCCAGCCUCCCAACGCUGAGCCGCCAACAGAGGAAAAUGCGGUGUAAUCUGAAAUGCAUCAUCCAAACUGAAGAGGGCGCAGUUCUAAAUCAUUGUUCUCCCAUUUGAAUGCCACUGUAUUUCCUGGCACAUUUACACCACAACUCCCUUUUUGAAGUACCAAUGUGACUGUUUAAAUCAACCUUAAACAUAGUGUAAUCAUUUUUAAUUAAAUUCUAUUUUAACUGUUCACAUGCAACAAUGCAGUAAGCCUGUUUGCAAUAAUAUUGCUAUGAAUUGGAAAACACCUAAUAAUGAAUUUUAGCAUAAUCUGCUGAGACCCAAGAAAUCUCACUUGGGUCUUUUUACAGAGGCCCAUACAAAGAGUCCCACACAUACUGCGCUACAGUCUUUUUGUUUGUCAAUUUAGCUGCUCAUUCCUAUUGUGCACAAAUGCAUAUUAAUGAACAGUGAUACAAGUGAUUAAUCCAAGGUUUACAAAAACAUCUGAUUGGAUAAUCAUAGAAAUAUGCUUUUAAAGGUCAAGACUGUUUUCCUUACUUUUUAACGGCAAGACAGGCUUAACAAGAUCCAUUGUUGUGGAAUCUGCAAUUGAAAAAAAAGAUGAAGGAUUCUUGAAGGAUGUUGUUGUUGUUUUAACAUGAUCUGUAUAUAUUUGCCUUGCUUUCACAGAGCAACGUGAAGAUUGUUACACAUAUAUGCAGGUUUUUGUGUCUUAGAUAACUUUUUACUAAUGUCUUUUUGAGGGGAAAAAAACGACGAACAACUGAAGUCAAAAACUAACCAACAGCUGCUUCCUUCUAAUUUGCUUUUUAAAAAAACGAAACGAUGACUAAAAUGGGUAUAACUGUGAAGAUGUGACGUGUGUUGAUGAAGAAGCCGUGUUGACUGCUUUUGUGUGUGUUAGUUGGAUGUCAGUGGUUCCGAUUCCUUAUUUUGAGGAAUAGUUUGAUUCGGCGAGAUCAGAAUGAGUAGAUACAUUAGCGUGAAGUAACUCGUAACCGAAGUUGUGUUUUCAUGUUAGCACAUGUUAAGCAGUGUAGUAACUCUUCCUAUCGCUAAUUCUGAUCCAUUGCCUUUUGUGGGGUUUUAAGGGGUUAAUGUGCUUGUAUAUUGCAUACCGUUUCCAAGUUUGUACUCAAACCGUUGUAUCAGUGUAUCUCUAUUUACACUUGUAGCAGUAAAUGUACAUAAAUGUUUGUGCCCCCCACUCUUUUUGGAUUACGGGGAGUAGUUUUUCGCCCUAGCUUAGUGUUUGUAUCGUUUGUAGCAUGUUUCAGCUUUAGCUUUCAGACUUUUUAGAGACCUGUUACACCCUCGCUAGUUGUGCUAUUGCCUUAAUGAGUCCCUAGCUGCUUUCCUGUUUUGCUAAUUUUCCCUCUUCGUUAGCCAAGGUUCCUGCGUUGGUGCCACAGAGCUUGACUAGACCCUUCAUUUCUUCUGAUUUGGAAGGUCACCAUCUAGAAGUAAGUAGAGUUAGCAAAACUGGAUUAAAGAGCAGCACAGUCCUUACCAUCCUCUGGCCCAGUUGAGAUGCUCCAGAUUUUCCUGUAGCUGUUGUUUUUCACUGUGAAUUCAGGUGCACCUUUGUUUCCCCCUAACCCAAGCCCUUGCCAAUGGUGCUUUCCUUCCCAAUGCCUUACCACGCUAACAUUAGGGAAGACACGCUAGUUUACUAACACAGCACUAACAGUCACGACCGUUAGAAGGGCUGCCUCACUUGAAUGUCUACAAACUAGACGUACUAGGUUAUGUACGUUGUUCCAGUUUAAAGGUGUGGUCACAUUCACCGAAAUUUGUGGCCAAAAAUGUCCACCGUCAAAGGCUGAUUGAUCACGCAGAUCACUUUCAAACCACGCAGCUUUCUGUUAAUUUGUGUGACAAACUGCGAAUUCUGCAUCCGAACAAAAUGUUGCCCUCGCGCAAAAUUCCUGAUCACAUGGAUUCUUAUUGAAAUUUCGACCACAAAAAAGUUCCAGUAAAUGUGACCUCACCGUAACACUCUAUUGCAGAUUGAACUGAUCUGAAAUAUUGUUAACUCGCAUGCCCAAGAUAAAGCAGAUUUACAAGUCUUGCGAAUGGUAACGAUGUCAAAGACAUAUCGGCACAGAAUGUUGCCUGGUACUUUCCCUUAAAGGCUUUUGUACAGUAUCUAGGGUGAAAACCAACAAAGAGAAUGUUAGCUGAAUGUAACUCUUUUUACUGCUUUGGCUACCAGAACAAUGUAGCUUUUUUGGUGCUACACUUGUAAGAAAUGAAGAACACCAAAGAUGAAAUGUGAUGGGUUUUGCCUUUUUGCAUGUUCUUUGACUUUGGUGUGAGUCUAGUGAUCCAGUGGAAUGAAUUUGAAACAGCUGAGUGAAAGAUACAACAGUCUCGGUUAAGGCAAAUGUGGAAAUUCACAAGUGUCUUGAACAUUUUCGACAACAUUAUCACCUGUUUGUGAUGAACUGCUUCCAGAUUUAUUGCUUGGGUGCAUUAUGUAUCUGUUAAAACCUCCCUAAUUCCUUCAAUUGACCAUCUACAUUUCUGGGCACUAGUAGUUCGUAUGGUGGAUGUUGCAUUUGUAAGGAUCUCUGGGCUCUCUGGUGUCGUUUGGCCAGUAUAGUUGCAAUUUUGUCAAAACAAGGGUGUACACGCCGAACUGUACUGAUAUGCAUGUUUCAGAUUCUAGCUGUAGAUAUUAAAGGUUUUUCUUGUGUACUGGGUUUAUUUAUGAACUUGAGAAAUUUGUUAUUGGGAUGAUAGUUUCUGAAAUGUCUUGAUUUGCACUGCCAGUUUAGUUCUUGCAUCAUGGUACUGCCACAGAUUAGACUGUAAAGCCAUAGGUUUAUCUGUCAUUGAAUGAACUAAAAUUCUGCUUUGACGUAAACCUCAGAAAUAUUGACUUUCAGAAUUAAACCUCACAGUUUUUAUCAGUGCCUGCUCACUCAAAUACAGACUGUGAUGAAAACACAAUUAAUUACACAGGUAUCAACUGGCAAUCCUCUUCUAGACAUUUUAAUAUUCAAAUGUACUCAAAUUUCACUCUGUAUCUCACUUGUUAUACUUGGUGGUAAAAAAAAAAAAAUCAGCAUACAGAAACCCAAUAAUAAACUAUUUAUCUUGUCUUUGA